UGUUGCUAGCUAAAUAUAUAUGUACAAAAUGGAUUUCAAAGCUAUGCUUCUUCUGUUUGCCUCUGUUCUAUUAGUUUCUGCAGAGGAUCGGUAUGUACGCUACGGUAGUUUUCGUAAAGGGAAUCCAGUAUUCAGGGCACCACCAUCGCCACGUCAGAUGAAUGAAGCGGCUCCUACCGGGGUACCUGUGGCCAUGCCAUUCACUGCUCCCCAAGUUAAGACCAACCGGGAUUGCGUCUCGUUGUGUGACAAGAGGUGCAAAAUAGAAACAAAUAAGAAGAUCUGCAGGAGAUCAUGUAUGGCAUGCUGUGGCCGCUGUAAAUGUGUUCCUCCGGGAUAUUAUAACAGCAGCAACAUAAACAAAUGUGGCAAAUGCUACACCAAUAUGAACUACCACGGACAAAAGUGCCCUUGAUUAAUUAAUCCUCAGAUCAACUAAUUAAUUAAGCACGAGAUCGAUGUAAUUAAUAAGUACUGUGAGACUUGAUUCACAGAUGCCACAAAAUAAAUGGGUUAUGUAUUACUUAAUUUCAUCAUCUAUUUAUUAUAUGGGUGAUAGAUAGGCCCAAAGUAUUUAAUCAUAUUGAAUUGUCCAGUGUCAAUGGCUUAUGUAAUUAGUUAAUCAAAGUCAAUUCAUGAAAAUUGAAGUCUAUAUAUUGCUAUUUGGACAUAAAAUAAUAAAGUUUUUAUAAUUAUUUAUAUGGAUUUGAUGGAACCCUUGCCUUGCCCAAUGGGAAAGUAGAUUGAUUGAUGCUGUUAUUAGUUCAAGCAGAAAUAUUGAACGCAAAAAAACAAGGUGGCUAUUCGUGAUGA